AAAUCGAAACUCGUUCGUAGCGGUCGUUUGUCGUGGUGCAGCAGUGCGCGAGCAAGCACAAAAUAAUAUACUUAGAAUUUUGAUAUAUAAAUAAAGCAAUUAAUAGAAUUGAUCAGCAACUAUCAUCAGUCUAUGUAUGCUUAGAGCCUUCUUGUUGUCAUAAAACGGCAGCGACUUCUCAAAAGUAACGCAAAACGAAUUCGAGUUCAAUAAAUAUUAAACGUGUCGGCAGAUUGCGAUAAAUUAAUAACUACUUGUAACUAAGUUUGCUGAUUUCGUAAUAGCAACAAAGAUUUGCUUGCCUAGCCUAGCCAGAGGCAAAGAAUUCUCAACUACAAAUACAAAUACAGAAAACAUCAGCUGAAGGCCCGCACGCACACAGUCACAGAAACAUAAACCCAAUGCGAUAGACACAGUGAAAGUGCGCGUGUAUGUGUGAUACACAGAGCAAAAGAAAAUUUUUUUAUUAACUUGCGGUGUCAGCAUUUAAAUAAAGAAACCCCAAAAAACCGUCUGCUUAACCAAUUUUGGUAAUAGAAGAAGACAAAGAAUUCAUAAAACACAGCACAAUGAGCGGAUACACAGACCUCACCAAGCUGGAGACUAGUCGGAACUGCCUGCGUCGCAUUGUGCGUCACGAUGAGCAGCAGUUCUCCAAAGACUGCAUUAUCAAUGUGAUGGAGAAGUUCGUGAAGACGGUUAACAUCAUGGAUGAUACCAUAUUGGUGCCAUGCAGGCUCAUGGAUCGGCAGAUCGGUGAUAGCACUGAUAUAAUACCUGCAACGGGCAAGGAUACAACCGCCAAUCAGCUGACAAAAAAUUCCAGUGCCGAGGGCAAACGUGGUGCGGCACAUUCCAAGAAUGUGCACGAGUUCCUCAACGCCUCAGAGCUCUUCAAUUUGUAUACCGUGCUGAAUUCACUGAAGAAAGAUUUACUCUGGACAAACAAUCAGGAUGAUGAUGAUGAUGAUGAUGAAGACAACACACAGCUGGAAACAGAGCAACAGCAACAACAACAACAGCAGCAGCAGCAGGAGAUCAAGACUGAGUCCAACACAAAUAGCAACACCAGCAGCAGCAACAGCAGUCGAAGCUCUGCGGGUGUCAAAGGUCAUGUGAGAAGGACAUCGACAGCAUCCAUGAUGUCCACCACAUCGGUCAGCAAUCUGAGCGAUUCCGAUUCCGAUAUGUCGAACGAGAUCGACUCAGGCCUGGAAUCGGAUGGCAACAAGAGCGACAAUGCCCAAAGCACCGAUGGCAGCGACAUAGCCGAUGCCGCCUGCCAAAAGUCCAGCGACAAGGCCACCGAGCUGGCCCGCCGCUGCAAACGACAUCUGAAUGGUCUGUACCAGUGCCUGGAACAAAUGACAGAGGCGGCCAACUACUUGACCGCCAGAUACCAAAGUGAUAUUGGAGCCGUUUAAGUUGAAGCAGAAGAAGAAGAAAAGGGAAACAAUUACUAAGUAAAUAGUUAAAGCGGUUGCCAACUCCUCGGGCGGGCUCUAAUCAUGUAAACCAAAUAGG